GGUAAUUGUAAAUAAACCCACAGGCAGAUUGUAAACCCCGAGGGUCCACUAUAAAUAUUGCAGGAAAUGAUGUCUGCAUCAGAAGUAGGACAUCACGCCGGAUUAACUGGUAAUCUGCGGCUGGAGCGCAUGCGCGCAAACACGCCAAUGCUCUGGAUGGACAAGGAAAUUGAUUGACCCGGUUUCUAGCCGUGACCGCGAAGGACGCCCACGGUGUACAGACUUUCUCAACUCGUAUGAGGACACAUCACUCGGUCGCGUAAAAUUCACUUUUUCCGCGUGAUUAUUUGCGUAAUGGAAGAUGUUGUUCUACCCUUGCGCAAUCUGGGCUCCGUUAUCCCACUGCAGAUGCGUUUGAUGCACGCGCCGGAUUACGAGGAAUUCGAGAUUUCGUGAGCGCAGAUUUGAGAACAUGGACGCGUUUGAUUUCAUUCUGAAGUUCCUCUGAAAAAAUACAAGUGUUUUGUUUCGGUUUGAGAUUGAGCCAGAUGUUGUCGAAAGCACUUCUGGAAAUUUAAGAGGACAUCUCAACAUCAAACUCACAUACCUGGGCAUUCUUUUGAUGAGAAAUCAUCUCAUGCAGGAUUUAACGACUACUGGCGGAUACAUCUGAAGAUAUACGUCGCACACAUGACCACAAAGUGAUCCAGAUGCACAAAACGGGGUCAAUCUAAAGUGGUCUAACAGAUUAUUUAAUCUAAAUCAUGCCUCUAGUUUCGUCCAGCGUGCUACUUUAACCCCAAUCUACUGAGCCAUGCUUUAUAGUUGACUGUAUUCCCAACAUGGCAAAAUGUGAGCUAAUUGAAUUGCAAGACUUGACACCCGAUGAUCGCAUCGAGUUAGCGCCCCUUACCGGUCCCCCUGUCGCUGCGGGACAAACACUGGAAAGGUGGAGCAAAGAAAAGGUGGUGCGGAUGGUGGGGGACCGCGUCCGUUUGGAGGACCCUGAUUGGCGGGAUCACGACUUCCAGCCCUGCAGUCAAACACAGUUGAGUUGGUGUGACCUGUGCGGCGAAUUUAUUUGGGGACUGUACAAACAGAGUCUUCGCUGUUCACACUGUAACUACACCUGUCAUUACCGCUGUCAACCGUUUAUUCAACUGGACUGCAGCUCAAACUGUGAUUCUGUCACCGACCAAUCAAAAUACUGCGAGGACACAAUUGAGACCGACACUAAUGUGGAUGAACAGUUGGACUUGAAGAAGCAGGACCUGUCCAUCAGUGAAAUACAACAGAAAGUGAAAGAAUACAAUGCGCAGGUCAACAGUAACCUCUUCAUGGUUCUGAACCGCGACGGGACUUACACUGGCUUCAUCAAGGUCCAGUUUAAGCUGUCCCGGCCUGUGUCAAUACCACCUACACGGAGCUCGUCCUCCUCCUCUGGAUUGGAUGGUGGUUGUCGGGAAGACAAAGCACUGAAGCAUCGCACUUCAUUUUACCUGCCCAGAGACACGGUGAAACACCUGCACAUCAGCUCCAACACGUGCGCCAGAGAGGUCAUCGAAGCUCUGCUGAAAAAAUUCACCGUUGUGGAUAAUCCUGCGAAGUUCUCGCUGUUCGAACGCAGCGAGCGACAGAAUCAAGUGUACUUGAGGAAGUUAGCGGAUGAUGAGCGGCCUCUUUUCCUGCGUCUGUGUGCUGGACCCAAUGAGAAAGUCCUCAGUUUAGUCCUUAAAGAAAAUGAGACCGGGGAAGUUAAUUGGGAUGCAUUCAGUUUUCCUGAACUCCAGAACUUCCUGCGUAUCCUGCAGAGAGAGGAAGAGGAUUACGUUCGACAGAUUGUGCAACGCUACACUCUGGCGCGGGAAAAGAUGAAAGAGGCUAUCGAGAAUUGUAGCACACCUGGCUGAAAUGUGCACAGGGUGCUUUUUAUACCUCAGAAAUGAAAGAAAAUGAAAAGGAACCGUACUCAUACACGGCUUGUUUGAAUCCAAAGAGUGAGUGGAAGAACCCUUUGUCCUUAAAUGGUCUAAUCCAUUAGAGACAUGAGAGGGGUUGGAAGCGAAAGGAAUAGAGUGAGAGAGAGGAGUAGCAGCGUGUGUUUAAGUGUGACUGUGGCCGUGUGAAGAGUGACUUUACACUGGAAGAAAUAUUGCUGUUGUAGCUUAACUGUAGAUUCAGUUAAAUGUCUGCUUCAGUGGAGUGACGUCUUCCUGUUUGAAAGGCAGAUUAUUUGUUUGUGGUGAAUGCAUAUAGCAAUGCAGAAUGUUUUUUAAACAGUAUUUUAAGAUGCAUCAUUUGCAGGUUUAAACUGAAAAUAUUAUUAUUUUAGUGCCUUGUCAGACUUUGAUGUACCCAUGUAAAGAUAUUGAGUUUUCUCUGAAAUUAAAAUAAAAAUGAUAUAUUUU